AUGGCGCGCAAGGAAUCUUCCUCUUCCUCCGAGAUGAGGUACACCUGUGAUCAGCCAGGCUGCACAAAGAGCUACUCGCGUCCCGAUCAUCUGCUUCGACACAAGCUCAACCACGACCAGGCGCGCGUCUUGAGUUGCAACCAGUGCGAUCGCACCUUCGUUCGCCAGGAUCUGCUCGUACGCCACCUCGAGAGGCACGCUCUUCGUGGCAAGACGCUUGGAAGAUGGUCCAAUCGCAACAAGGACGGCGAUGACGACGACGCAGACGACACGCCCGCCACUUCCACUUCGCCAACCAAGCACACUUCCACCUCCAACAAGCGACGCAAGUCCGCCGCUGCUUCCACAUCCGGUCGCCAGUCGGAAGCGCAUCAGCAGGAAGACUCAGACCAAGACGACGACCAGCACGACUUUGUCCAAGACGGUCUCGAUCAUCGUCUCAACCAAUCACGCGAUUUUGCAGCUCAGCCAUCCGACUUUGCUCAAACACAGCAUGGCGCGUCUUCUUCAUGGCCCGAUCCAGCCGGUCCACCAUAUGCCCCCUCGCGUCCGUCAGCAGCAGCAGCAGCAGUCUAUGGCUCAGCCACCACCUGGCCGCAUCAUCCUCCCAUGUCGCCGCCGUCUUCACGGCCUAUGCGCAACUACCCCGCCGAUUCUUCGUCUCACCGCUCGGCUUCAUCCAAUUCGCGCAAUGAUGCUAGGCCAUCCAUACCUGCGUUCGAUCCUCGGUCCACUUCCGCCUCCGGCGCUCAUGCAGCAACAUACCCUCCCGCAUCCUACCGGAACGAACCUAUCUGGGCAGGUGCAUCGUCACACCCCGACUUGCGAUCCAACGCCGUUGCCAGCAACGAUGCAGCUGCCGCCGCUGCGGCUUCUGCUCAAACUGACAGUCCCUUCCGUUGGAUGCCCGGCGAUCCCAUCUCUAAUGAUCCGACCGCGGGAAGUUAUGCGCCGCCUCCUUCAGCCUCGUAUAUGGCUGCCUGGAAUGAAACCUCUCAGGAUACGACGAGGCAAGACGUGCCCAUGCCCUUGGCGGAAAUCGACACCACCGCUGCGGCUGCUGCUCCUGCCCCUAGACCGCCCUCGGCCUUCCAGCCUCCGAAUCAAGACAUCUUUCCCUUUGCACCGCCCGUCGUCGAUCACACAGCCGACUUUGGCUGGCUCUUUGAUGGCGUCGAUCCCUUUGGCGGCUCCAAUUGGGGUGGAAGUAUGAGUCGCGCACCCACCGCCAGCAGCAACGCGCGCGGUCCACACUCCCAAACCUCCGGCUUCUCCCCGAGCAGCUCAGAUGGCAUGGGAGGCUUCCUCGGCAACGUGCACGGCUCCCAGAAUGGUGGUCCAGCCAGUGGCGCGCCAGCGGAUGCUCACAGCUUUGGUCGUGGCAUGAGCUCUGAUGGUAUCCUAAUGUCAGGCAGCGAAGUGGAAACGCCCAAUGCCCUCGAGGACCUUGCUUACUUUGCAACCCUCCAGGCUGACAUUCCCAGUCGAGUCACCUACCAUCUCGAUCCCGUCGCUCACCACCGGCUCCUCAUCUUCCUCCAAUCCGUCAGCGAGCUGCCCAAUUCACCGCUGUUCACACCUUCGGCAUUGAGGUGCUACAUCUACCUGUUCUUUGUCAAGUUCAAUCGGCUUUAUCCGCUCAUUCAUGAGCCCACCUUUGCAGCCAGCACCACGGAUCCCAUGCUCUUGAGUGCCAUUGUCGUCAUCGGCGCUCACUUUGCUGGUCUCCCCGCUCACGAGCUGGCAGUACGCAUCUCUCAAAAGAUCUGGGGUGCCGUCGUCAGUCUCGAAGAUUUCCGUCCAGCACGCGCAACGCUCCCAAUGCUACAGGCGCUCGUCCUCACCGAAACCUUUGGCAAAAUGAUGAGCACUCGACCGCAACACGAGAUGGCCCACCUCUUCCAUAACUUUAUUGUAACACUUGCUCGCAGGAACGCCGUCUUCAACGCCACCACCCCUGGACACAUCCGCUUUGACGACUCGGAAGAGUCGUGGCGCAGCUGGGCGAGGGAGGAGGAAAAGAAACGCAUCGCUCUCUUCGAGUUUAUGCUGGAUGCUCAACACGCCACCAUCUUCCGACACAUUCCCUCGCUUUCUGCCUUCCAGAUCCAGCUUCAUCUCCCUUGCAGCGACGACGAAUGGAACAAGACGACACCCGAGGCUUGGUACCGCCUGCGGAAGCGCACAGGUUACAAGCCGCCCGGUCCGUUCAUCCCUGCGCUCAAAGCCUGCCUCAGUCCUGCCAAGACGCCCCAGGAGCUCGACGCAUUCCCACGCUUUGUACUGCUACACGGUCUUAUGAGCAUCGCCUACGACCUGCAGUGGAAGCAGAAUGUCUUGUUGGGCGCAGAAGUCUCGCCUGGGGGUAGCAAAGGAGGGGACAGCGGGAUCGGCAACUGGAAGGAUCGCUUGUCGGCCGCAUACUCUUCGCUACAGGCUCGCAUGGACAUAGCAUACAUCAAGGCCGACGAGGAGUCCAGCACGCGUUUGAUUCAUCGAGCCACGCCAAGUCUGGUCACGGCAGCUCAAAUUGCCUUGUUCGCCGACAUCGUCGAUAUCCAAAUUUAUGCUGGGCUACCCUCCGUGCUUGGUCGCUUCAUCGAUCGGGCCACUUUCAAUGCCUCACGUCGGUCUGUCAAGGAGUGGGCGCGUACAUCUGAUGGACGUACGGCCGUGUGGUACGCAGUUAACUUCCUGCGCACCUCGUUGCUCGGCACAGGCACCGAGUCGUACGGCACCAUCCAGACUUUUAGGAGCGGACCUGUCUGUGCUUCAGCAGCAGCAGAGGAUGGGCGAGGUCUGGAUCCAACGCUACCUUAUCCCGUACUGCGCGAUAGAGAAGCAAGCACCAACAUGAUGGGAAAUGCGUCGGCUGCACGAAAGGCUUCGGACAGGGAGACGGGUCUGGAUGAGGUCUUGCACCAUCGCUGGUGCCAGUAUCUGUGUGCGCUUGUCAUCUGGGCGUAUGGGCAUGCGCUGACCGUUCCUCGCGGCGGAGCAGCCGGCGGUGGCGACGUUGACCAAACAGCCGCAGCUGGAGGAGCAACUGACUCGGCUCCUGGGACCAGGCCCGGAUCCGCACAUCGCAACGGAGGCACGAGCUUCAACUCGUCGAUCACCAACUCGCCUGGCGCUCUGCAAGCGCAGAUCUCGGCAGAGCGCACGCAGAUCGGAAGCGCAGACUUUGUUGCCAACGACGUUCCUCCCCAGCGCCCGACGGCUCCGUCGUCACUCAAACCCGAAGGCAUUGAAUUCUUGGAACGCAUGUCGACCAAAACAGCGGACGACAUUGCGCACGUCGAGUGCAAGUACUAUACGCGCGCGGUGCUCGAGAUGGUCGAGAGGGAAGUCCGGGCUUCGCGCUGGGAGCUUGGUCGCGAGGCGUCUGGCGUACUGCGCAAGCUCGUCUCGAACCACUCGUUGCCCGUAUGGGAUCGUUCGAGUACUGCCUCCACCGCCGCCGCCACCAUCGGCUCAGGCCAACCAGACCCACACACGCGCCGAAACGACGUACCCAUGCAGCAGCACACAAGGCCGAGUGUGCUCAAGGAAGAACCGGAGAGCAGCAGCAGUUUCGCAUCAUUCUCGGCGGGACCGGCUGCUGCCUCGGCUGCGUCAGUGUUGGCCAUCUCGACGCACGCCUCGCCUGCAUCAAGGACGCCCGCGUUGGUCGAGCGAUUCAGCCCGCGCAUGGUGGGCAAAGGCGGCCCAGCCGCUCAGCCCAGGCCCCUAGCAUGA